CCCUGUGGCCCUUAGAGAGUCAGUCAGUAGGUCAGUGUGUCCGGAUAGGUCUAAGUGGUGAGGAGUGGAACAUUGUCGUGCACCUAACACCACGAUGGAUGACUAUCCGAUGUAUGGGUUGCUUGUUGGGUUCUCCCUCUGGGGGACCCUCUGGCGCCUCCUCUUCCCUCUGGGGUUCUGGCACGUGGUGACGUGUAGAGUAGAUACCCGGGGUGGUGCUUCCACCAAGCCAUAUUCGAAGGAGGAGGAGGAAAAGAUGGCCGCCAUUCUGAGAGAGAGGAAGGAGAAGAAAGAGGCCAAGAAGAAGGCCCUACAUGAGGAGCAGGCAGCCAAGUUAAAAAAGAUAGAGGAAGAGAUGGCCAGAGAGAAGGAGAGGUUAAAGAAAGCAGAAGAGGAGAAGUUAAAAGAGGUAGACGAGGAAGAAGAGGAAGACGAGACGCCACUGCAAAGGAAGAGGGGGCAGUACAGUGGCAGCAGAGAUGAGGAGAUGGAAAAACGGAUUUCAGAAUGGGUCACCAAUUUAUCCCUGGGUGAAGAAGAAGAGGUGGCAAUGUACAUAUCCAAGGAUGAUCAGGAAGCCGUUAUGAGAGCUUGGGAAGCAGAAAAAGAUGUCGUAAAGCGGCAGGCGAUGGAAGAUGAGAAGAGGAUGGAAUGGAGAUUGGCAGUGAUGAGGGAGAAGAAGAGGAGAAUUGACAAGGCAGCGGAGGCGGCAGAAGACUUAGAGGAGGUACAAAAGAUAGAAGAGCAAUUAGCCGCCCAGACGGAACUCCCAAAGCAAAUGCAGGUCAUAGCCUGGAACCGUAUCGCUGUGCGUUCAAUACGAUUGGGCUUUCGGGACUUUGCUCGUGAGUUGGUAGGCGUUGUAGGAGCCGAGGUGGGCCACCGCCUCGACAAGACUGAGCGGUUCUGUGCUGGCGCAAUUGAAGGCGUCAAGGCGGCAGCUCCCAAGGAGGAGGAACCACGUCCUCGCAGGGAGCCAGUCAAAGUCAAAUUCCCUGAUUCCUACAGUGGAAAAAGGGAAGAGAACUUUGACAACUGGGAGGCUAACGUGAAGACCUAUGUGCAUUUGCAACAGGUCUCCCCGGAUCAACAAGUUCUAAUUGCGAUUCACGCGCUUAGAGAUGAGGCCGCCAGUUUUGCAAGGUCCCUAGUUCGUGUUGCCAACUGUAAUGAUGACCCAGUUGCAUACUCCUCGUUCACUCCCCUCACCGAUUUCAUGAAAUUGCUGCGCGAGCGAUUUGCUGAUGUCGCUCGUAGUGUUAAGGCCUCAGACAAGCUCCAGACAAUCCACGCUCGUAAGUGGAAGAGCGCCAGAGCACUUAAGAGUAUAAUGGAUGAGCUUGUAGCUGUCCCUGACCAUGGGGUCACCGAGACCCAGUUGGUCUCCCUCUUCUACCGGGCUAUGCCCGAAGCCUUUCGAGGGCACUUCUUCGCGAAGAGCGAAGACCCUGCCACUACSUACGAUUCUCUUAGUCGAGAAGUGGUGGCUUUUGAAGCCAAGUCUGAGUCUGUGUCCACCUUCUGGCACAAGGACUUGGACAAGGGUAAGCAAUGGAAGGGCCGCACUAUCUCUGGGCAAGUGAAGACUAAGGAUAGUCUUGUCCUAACCUUAGAUGAGGGUAGUGUGGACGAGAUCCCCUACGAUCAGAUUGAGUGGGGGCUAGAGGAGGAGGACAGCGGUGUGGGCCAGGGGAGAACUUACGCUGCUGUCGCGGCUGGAGGGAGGCCGCAAGGAGGAGGACGAGGCCAGGGCCAAGGGGGUUGGGCCUCAAGGAGCCGGUUCCAGGGCGACCAGGGGGUUGGCGGCAGAGGAGGAAACCGCCAAGCGGGAGGMAGGGGUCAAGGUCCCCCGCAAACCCGUCCUAGGAACAGGUCUCCGUAUAGGGUAGGAGGAUGGCACCCAGGGCUACCACAGGCCGAGGCCACGCUCCAUUUGAAGGAGCACGAGUGUAGGCUCCCUAGUUCGUCAGGCGAGGCUAAUACUGCCCGCAUGUUCCAUGUGUCGGGAGUAGAGAAUCCCUUGGCACAUUGCUGCCUUAGUGCGCCUGCAUUCGCCAGAUUAGUGAAGAAGGAGAAAUUAGAGGAACAGGUCUUUGUUGCCUAUGUUAGGCCAGUGACUGAGCCUACGGAAGAAAAGCCGAUGGACCCUGCGAUUGCCAAGCUGCUGGAAGAGUUCAAGGAUCUAACCGAGCCGCCGACAGGAGUAGUACCGCGGCCCAUCCAACACCGCAUUGAGAUAGAGCCUGGCAGUAGGGGCGUUGUGUAUAGGAUGUCCCCACGGGAGUUAGAGGAGCUUCGCAAGCAAUUAGACGAGCUCCUCGAGAAGGGUUGGAUUAGGCCCAGUUCGUCUCCUUUUGGAGCGCCUGUUCUCUUUGUUCCUAAGAAAGAGGGAGAGCAGAGGAUGUGUAUAGACUAUAGGGGUCUAAAUGCUAUUACAGUGAAGAAUGCUGAGCCACUGCCUAGGAUAGACGAUCACUUAGAUCGAGUGCAGGGGGCGAAGUAUUUCUCCAAGAUAGAUUUGAAGUCCGGAUAUCAUCAGAUAGAGGUUCACCCUGAUGAUCAGUAUAAGACCGCGCUCCGGACUAGAUACGGGCAUUAUGAGUUUAUUGUGAUGCCCUUUGGACUAACCAAUGCGCCAGCUACGUUCCAGUGCUGUAUGAACGAUUUGUUUAGGCCAUGUGCCACGUCAGCAGUGCCACGUCACAGUGCCAGAUCAGCAGUGCCACGUCACAGUGUCAGGUCACAGUGCCACGUCACAGUGCAAGAUCAGCAGUGCCACGUCAGACUCAGUGCCACGUCAACAGUGACGUCAGACACAAUGCCAUGUAAGCAGUGCCACAUCAGCACUGCCACGUCAGACACAGUGCCACGUAAGCAGUGCCACAUCAGCAGUGCCACGUCAGACACAGUGCCACGUCAGACACAGUGCCACGUCAGACACAGUGCCACGUCAGACAAAGUGCCACGUCAGCAGUGCCACGUCAGCAACAUGACGGGCCUACCAGGCCAACUGCCCAACGAGUCCCUUGCAGCCUACAAGCAGCGGUUCCAGGCUCAGAUAGAGGCUGAGGAACAACGCCAGCUGGCAGUCGAGGCUGCCCGCGUACAGGCUGAAGAGGCAGCAGCAGCAGAACAACUGCAGCUACAGGCCGAUGCAGACGCAGAUGCCCAGGCUCGCCGCAAGGAAGCCCAGGAUCUGCUGCAGCGGCAUGAAGCCAACAUGAUCGACAGACUCAAGUACUGGCAUUUUGAACCGAACGGCGACGAGGCAACACCGGAAGAGAAGCACAAGGAGUUCCUCUCCAAACUCGUGACGCGGUUGUUGUAUGCUUGCAACUACCAACAGUCAGAGUUGGAGAGACAGUACCAGGACCUGACGCAACAACAUCAGGAGUUGGCACAGCUCCGCCGCAUGGUGCAGAGCCACGAGGAUGCAACUCAGGCACUCAAUGCCCGAUUGCUGGACCUGGAACAGGCUGUGCCAGGACCAGCUGCUGGGGCUUCCAACAGUGCACCCUCUAGCCGCCAACUGGAGGACCGCGUUGACCACGUAGUGGCAAUGCUCGGCGACAUCAGCACCUUCCCUGCGCCGACCACCACCAUCAGCAGUCAGCUGCAUACAUUGAAGACCGAGGUCCAGCAGCUGCAGACGACGAACGCGGAUGGCAACCCGAAGAUGUAUAAGAUGCCAACUUUCAAUCUGGAGAGGUUCGACGACUACAUGCAGCAGGAUCCGGUCCUCUGGUGGGAAGCAUUCACAACGCAACUCAGGAUUCUGCCCGUUGCCAAGCAUGCGUACAUCGACGCCCUGUUCCUGAACUCAAAGGGCGAAUGCCAGACCUGGUUGAGCCACCUGGCAACCUCCCACGGCGUUGACGCACCAGACUUGAAGGACCAAAUCACAUGGGAGGAACUGACACGGCUGUGGAAGAAGCGGUUCCUCAUCGAUGACGCGCCGACACUCGCCAUCAACCGUUUGUUCACCAUGUCACAGGGCAACACUACAACACGGGAUUGGCUCACAGAGUGGCAGAAGAUUGCGGCAGACUGCACGUCUGCCAUGAAGAAGUUGAAGCAGGCGUUGAUAGAGUAUCCAGUCCUUAAAGUCACCAAUCCGUCCUUGCCUUUUGUCGUCACGACCGAUGCUAGUCAAUACGGCAUAGGCGCGGUGUUGCAGCAAGACGAUGGCAAUGGUUAUAGACCCGUAGAGUUAAUGUCUGCCAGGAUGCCUUCAGAGAAGGUCGCGACAUCUACCUAUGAGAGGGAACUCUACGCUCUCAAGCAAGCCUUAGAACACUGGAAGCACUACUUGCUUGGGAGGCACUUCAAAGUCUAUUCCGACCAUGAAACAUUAAGAUGGUUAAAGACACAGGCCAAGAUGAUACCUAAGCUUACUAGGUGGGCCGCAGAGAUAGAUCAGUAUGACUUUGAGCUCAAGCCAGUCAAGGGGAAGUAUAACGUAGUUGCGGAUGCUCCGAGUAGGAGAGCUGAUUACUUUGGGGCAAUAGUGCAUUACUUAGACAUAGGGAAGGACAUGCAGCAGAAGAUUAGAGAAGCCUAUGCACAGGACCCUAUCUACAAUGACCUCAUCAAGAAGGUCAAGGAGGCCCCAGAGACCGAGCCGAACUACCGCACUACUGAAGGGUUUCUUUUUGAGAAGACUAAUGUAUUUGACCGCCUGUGCAUUCCCAGUAGUGAAGAGGUUCCGGGACUGAACCUGCAAGACAACCAGGUCUUGUACAUCUAUUCCUGUGCUCUGCCCAAGCCCAUUCGUGGACAACUCGUGGCAGAGUCCAAGUCUGGUAAGUAUAAUUAUAGGCAGUUUCGGGAUCUGGCUCUCCAACAAGAGCAAAUGACCUCUCAGGUUCUACUACCAGGAGACGACAGAAGGCUUAGGGCCGAGACAAGGGCCCGCAAUCUAGAGACUGCGAGAGAAGCAGCAACAACGGUUGAACGUGCGUUAGCAGCAGCAGCAGCUAGCGCUUUAGCUAUGGCUACCUCGGCAGCAACUUCUGCCGCAAACUCAAUUGGUCAAGGGCUGGGCAUGCCGACCAGUUCACAGUCCAUCUCCAAUACAUCAAGAGUUGGCACUAGUCAGAUGGCGGGCUCGCAGUUCAGCUCGCCGCCUCCACGCACCCGGGAGCAAAUGGAGCUACAGCAAGUCGAGAGGAUCCGCUUAAGGCUAGAGGAGGAACUCAGACAGACUACUAAGAGAGAGAAAGAGAUUAGAGACGAAAGUGUCAGACUAGAGGAUAGGGAGGCAGACAAGGCUGCAUUAGAGGGGUUAGAUGACUUGACCCUUAACAAUAAUGAAAAGAUUCUGAAGGCGAGCAUCCUGUCCAUGCAUGCAUACAUGGACAGUAAACUGGAUACAAUCCAGGACACCUUGGACCAGAUCCUGAAUGCCAUGCACACACCAGGGAUCAGGCCAGCAGUCUUGCCGUCGCUGCCAUUCUCAGCGACGACAAGCCCCUAUGUCGUUCAGUCUAGACCACCACCAAGUGGUACAUCAACAGCAGCCUUAUCUCAGACUGUUGCUUCUUCAUCUUCCAGUCCAUCGAUUGGUGCUACACCACAGUCGCCACCUGUCUCGCCAGCGGGACAACAAUUUCCUUGGUAUCCCAAGACCCCCCUGAAACCACCUCCAACCUUCUCAGGAGACAAGAAGGACGAGACUCAGGACACGCGGUUGAGAACGGUGCGAGUGUGGGUGAGGGCAAAGAGGACAUUGGUAGAGGAAGAAGUGAUUACUGUUGCAUCCUACUUAGAGGGUUCGACAACUCGUUGGCUUAAUGGAUUGGUAGCUUCAAAGGGGUUCGGCAGGAACAUGGUGGCAAGUGGCAGUGCAGGGCAUUCUGGAACUGUUGCGGCCCCGAAUUCGGACCCAGCAAUCGCUGGUUCUAGUUGCAGUUUUCCCUAUGUGGACAGAAAAGCGACACAGAUUUCGUCUAAGUAUGACGGAAAAGACGACAUUGAAUCUUGGAUCAGCUCCAUGCGAUCCUACUUUGAUGUGCAGGGGACACCCCCAGUGACUCAGUCGUCGGUCCUAGGGACCAAUGUGGAACCCGCCGUAAGGGGCUUCUUAGAAGUCCAAGCUGUACAGUCAGGCUAUAGACUUAAGCUUGACAAACUCAAGCACAACAAGUGGACCGACAACAUGCAUAACCUGCAGCAGUAUGUUAGUAAACUCUUUGCUACUCCGGAUCUAGAGAUGACUGCGCAGUCUUGCUUGGAUGUGAUUAAAGGUGGGUGCAAGGUCUUCAGCAAGAUCGAUCUCAAGUUUGGCUACCACCAGAUUGAAGUCGACCCUGCAGACCAGCACAAAACUGCAUUCAAAACCCGCGAUGGGUUGUACGAGUUCAUUGUCAUGCCCUUUGGUCUCACGAAUGCACCGGCCACCUUUCAAAGUCUCAUGGACAAGGUGUUCCGCAAUCAGAUCAACCGAUUUGUUGUUGUGUAUUUGGAUGACAUAUUGAUCUUCAACAAGUCGAUGGAGGAGCACAUGAGACAUCUUGAGGAAGUGUUGCAGAUCCUCAAGGAUUCACAACUCCAUCUCAACUUGGAGAAAUCUGAGUUUGGGAGGGACAGCGUCAUCUACCUUGGAUAUCGGUUGUCUGCUGCGGGCCUAGAGCCUAAGGCAACCAAAGUUUAUGCCAUCCGCAAAUGGCCUCAACCAGUGAAUGUCCGCGAAUUGCGUUCUUUUCUUGGUCUCGCGUCAUACUACCGUAAGUUUGUACCCAACUUCUCUAUCAUUGCCCGACCGCUGUCCAGAUUGACAAGCAAGAAUGUAUCCUACACAUGGAAUGAGGAAUGUACAACAGCCCUCCAAGCAUUGAAGGAGGCUUUGGCGAGUCAUCCGGUGCUCCGCAUUGCAGAUCCCAAACUUACAUUCGUAGUAACUACAGAUGCCAGUUUGUAUGGGAUUGGUGCAGUGCUGCAGCAAGAUGAUGGCGACGACUUAUGUCCGCUCGAAUUCUACAGCAAACGUAUGCCCAGUCACAAGGUAGCUGCCUCCACUUACAUGCGAAAGCUCUAUGCCUUGAGAGAGGCGCUAGAUCAUUGGAAGCAUUAUCUCUUGGGUCGCCAUUUCAAAGUGUUCUCAUAUCACGAGACCUUGAAAUGGAUUCAGACACAGACCGUUCCCUCAACUACACUGACCCGCUGGCUGCAUGAGAUUGUUGUGUAUGAUUUCGAACUUAGGCAUAAGAAAGGUUGUUACAAUCGCGUUGCGGAUGCUUUGUCUUGCCACCCUGAGUACAUGACUUGUCUUGUGGGUUCCUAAGAUCUCCGUAAGAAUUAGAAGGAGGAACUUAUUGAGCAUACUGCCAAGGACCCGAAACUCAGUCCCAUCCUUGAGCAGAUUCGGGCUGGCCCCAAUAGUCAGCCUGAUUUCCAUGAGUGUAAGGGCUUACUUUUUCGACGAUACGGGAAGCACGACCUACUGUGUGUACCCAACCAUGAGCUGAUCCUUACUCACUUCUUGGACUUGGCUCAUGGCCGGAGUGGACACUUUGGUUUUGAGAAAACAUACGGAAGUCUGCCGCAAACGUUUGUAUGGCCUGGAAUGAAAGGAAUGACACGAA